AAUGGCCCUCAGCAGCUUUUUGCCAGCUCCAACCCAACUGUCCCCAGAUCAUCUGGAACUAGAAGAAAGAGCAAGAGCUCAGAGAUCCAGGCAGAGUGCUCUGGCCUCCUCACAAAGGGAACCUCCCCCAUAUGGUGACCGGAAGGGAUGGAUACCACAGGUGCUAGAGGAUUUUGGAGAUGGGGGUGCCUUCCCAGAAAUUCACGUGGCCCAAUAUCCAUUGGAUAUGGGCCAAAAGAAGAAAAUUUCCAAUGCUUUGGCUCUUCAGGUGGAUGCAGAAGGAAAAAUAAAAUAUGAUGCAAUUGCUCGACAAGGACAGUCAAAGGACAAGGUUAUUUACACAAAGUACACAGAUCUUGUGCCAAAAGAAGUCAUGAAUGUGGGUGAUCCUGGACUGCAAAGACCAGAUGACAAGGCAAUUAGAGAGGUAACAAAGAAGACAAGAGCAGCCUUGGAGAAAUUAGUCUCCCAAAAAGUUGCAGCAGCCAUGCCAGUUCGAGCUGCUGACGAGCCAGCUCUGGCACAGUACAUUCGGUACACACCAUCUCAGCAAGGAGCUGCAUUCAACUCUGGAGCAAGGCAGAGAGUUAUUCGGGUAGUGGAAAUGCAGAAGGACCCUAUGGAGCCUCCAAGAUUCAAAAUCAACAAGAAGAUUCCACGAGGACCACCAUCUCCUCCAGCACCUGUAAUGCACUCUCCGAGUAGAAAGAUGACUGUGAGAGAGCAGCAAGAGUGGAAAAUUCCUCCAUGCAUUUCAAACUGGAAGAACGCAAAGGGUUACACCGUUCCCUUGGAGAAGCGUCUGGCUGCAGAUGGCAGAGGAUUGCAGGCUGUUCAUAUUAAUGAAAACUUUGCCAAACUUGCUGAGGCGCUCUAUAUUGCUGACAGAAAGGCUCGUGAGGCAGUAGAGAUGCGUGCCCAGUUGGAGAGGAAAAUGGCUCAGAAAGAAAAGGAGAAACACGAGGAAAAGCUCCGAGAAAUGGCUCAGAAAGCCAGGGAGAGAAGAGCAGGGAUCAAAACACGUGUUGAAAAAGAGGAUGGAGCAGCUAGAGAAAGGGAUGAAAUCAGACGUGACCGGCGCAAAGAAAGGCAACAUGACAGAAAUCUUUCCCGGGCAGCUCCUGAUAAAAGGUCAAAGCUGCAAAGGAAUGAGAACAGAGAUAUCAGUGAAGUUAUUGCCCUGGGGGUACCCAACCACAGGCCAUCCAAUGAAAUCCAAUAUGACCAGAGGCUGUUCAACCAGAGCAAGGGUAUGGACAGUGGCUUUGCUGGUGGAGACGAUGAAAUUUAUAAUGUUUAUGACCAGCCAUGGAGAAGUGGCAAGGAUAUGGCCCAGAACAUCUACAGGCCAAGUAAAAAUAUGGAUAAGGACAUGUAUGGUGAUGAUCUAGAGGCUCAAAUAACGAUCAGCAGGUUUGCUCCUGACAAAGAGUUUUCUAACUCAGAUCGUAACACCGGAGGAAGGGGCAGAGAUGGACCAGUUCAAUUUGAGGAGGAUCCAUUUGGUUUGGACAAGUUUCUGGAAGAAGCCAAGCAACACGGUGGUUCUAAACAGCCAUCAGGCAGCAGCGGCCCUAAGGAACAUGAGCAUCAGAGCAAAAAGAGGAGGAAGGACUGAAUUUGCUCCUUGAGAGGUAGCGAAAUGGACUGCAAAAGGAUUGGACUUCAUGCAGAAGGAUUUCUAAUAUUGGCUGUACAGGAGGAUGGCAUUUGUAACACAGCAGUUCAC